AGACCACGUUUAGCAGUCGAGCGACGUCCACGCGCUUCGAGGCUCAGCGUACGCUCGAAACUCUGACAUCGAUUUCGACAUCGAGCAACGUGCACGUGCUAGUCGCGACAGUUUUACGUAUAACAAUUCUGGAAUCAGUUGAAUUCGGAAUCCGUAAAAUUAACCGUGAUCAAAUUCACAACGGUGAAAUUGUUGGCAGAGUUGCUUUGAAUCCAACCAAACGAAAAUUGACCGAAUUGUUUGAUGGAACUCUCUGUGUUUUUUAUACCAAAGACUAUAUACGCUACGAAAAAGUAAUUGUGAUCGACGAUCGCGACCGAUCUUUGGUCCCGAUCUUUUCCCAAAGACUUCCGAGUUGAAAUUAAAUUAGCACAAUAAGUAUUUAAAUCGUCGAUCGAUCGGGCGAAUUAAAUUUCGGGCCAAGGUUCGUAAGGUAAAUAGAAGUUUGUGAAGGGAGCGUGGUAGAAAGUGCGAUUGACUGGAGAUUUCGGAGGAGGUGAAAGUGAAGGGAUUACGGCCAUCUGGUUUUUAAUUCGAAGAAGUUGACGAGUGAGAUCUCUUCACGGCCGUGUAUUAGAGAAGAUUUGGAAAGAUGGUUCAACAAACGGACACUGAGCUCACCACUGGGAACGUGGACGAGUACGCCAGGUAUUUUAAUUACCUGAGGACACUGGCGGACCUCACCGCCAUGGCUAGCAUCGUAGCUGUCCAGUUCAAGCGAAUGCUGAACAAGGAGCUGUCCCACUUCUCAGAGUCCUCAAAGUCUGGCAACCAGAUAUCAGAAUACAUCUGCAGCACUUUCCUUGACAAGCAGCAAGAAUUGGACUUACCUUCCCUGCGGAUCGAGGAUGCGGUUGCAGCUGCCGGAAGUGCGGACGCAAGGGCGGCGAAGAAGAAGGACCGGGCGCAGAGAGGCCCGGCCGCGAUGUCCCACAUAAGCGGCGUGAAACGGCCCCUCACGCACACGAACAGCUUCACCGGGGAACGUGUGCCGCUCCACGGCGUCGAGACGCCCCACGAGGAAGAGCUCGGCAAGCUUCUGUCAGAUAUCGACAAGUGGGGCAUCGACAUCUUCAGGAUAGGCGAGCUGAGCAACAACAGGCCGCUGACCUGCGUCGCGUACACAGCCUUUCAGACGCGUGACCUGCUCAAAUCGCUGGCCAUACCGCCCAAGACCUUCGUCACCUUCAUGAUGACCCUGGAGGACAACUACGUCAAGGACAAUCCCUUCCACAACAGCCUGCACGCGGCCGAUGUGACCCAGUCCACCCACACUCUGCUCAACACGCCCGCACUCGAGUCCGUGUUCACGCCGCUGGAAAUCACGGCUGCCCUGUUCGCCGCCACCAUUCACGACGUGGAUCAUCCUGGACUCACCAACCAGUUCCUCAUUAAUUCGAGCUCGGAGCUCGCUCUGAUGUACAAUGACGAGUCCGUUCUGGAGAACCACCAUCUGGCAGUGGCGUUCAAGUUGCUCCAGAACGAGGGCUGCGACAUCUUUGUCAACAUGACGAAGAAGCAACGCCAAACGCUGAGGAAGAUGGUGAUCGACAUGGUCCUGUCCACCGACAUGUCCAAGCACAUGUCCCUGCUAGCGGAUUUGAAGACCAUGGUGGAAACGAAGAAGGUGGCGGGCUCCGGUGUCCUUCUCUUGGACAACUACACCGAUCGGAUCCAGGUCCUCGAGAACCUGGUGCACUGCGCCGACCUGUCCAAUCCGACGAAACCCUUGCCACUCUAUCGACGAUGGGUUGGCCUCCUAAUGGAGGAGUUCUUCCUUCAGGGCGAUCGGGAACGCGAGCAGAACAUGGACAUCAGCCCGAUGUGCGACAGGCACAGCGCCACCGUGGAGAAGUCGCAGGUCGGCUUCAUAGACUACAUCGUUCAUCCUCUGUGGGAGACCUGGGCCGAUCUGGUUCAUCCGGACGCUCAGGAUAUCUUGGACACGUUGGAGGAGAAUCGAGACUGGUAUCAAUCGAUGAUACCCCCGUCGCCGCCGUCCGACGAUCAACAGCAACAGCAGCAGCAAGGGAACGAACAACAGUCCGACAGGAUACACUUCCAGGUGACACUGGAGGAGGGUGACGAGACAGGCGAGACGGCGGAGACGGGCGACACGGGCGGAGCGGCAAAGACGACCCUAACUAGCGAGGAAGGGGGCGGUGAGACGGAGGAGAACGCCGCGGAGGCUGGAAUGUGACGGAGGCUCGCGGGUAUUUGCAGGAAGCUCCACGAGAAGGUGCAGCAGACCUGGUGGCGUGUGCGUCAGUGACAGCUAGCUCACUGCCGCUGGCCAGGUCUCUUUGUGUCGACCUAUUGACCUUUUUGGCCAAGCUCCACUCCCCGGAACCGGCGGAAGGAAGCCUCGUCUCGGUACGAGAGACUGAACAGAAGAGAAAACGAAGGAGCGAAAGGAAGAAGAGGAAGGAAGAAGGACAGAGAAGGGAAGGAGAAGAAAGGAACGUCUAGUCGCCGCUAGUUCAGACCUCGACCGGAAACCAUGGGAAGGGUCUUUUCUGACGCGUCAAAACGAAAAAGAA